AUGGAUGACAACAGCAUCAACAGAGAACUAAAGCAGAAGUUAAACUUCUCCUGCUGUGAAGAAGAGAGCGAGAAGGACCACCAGGAGGCAGCGCGGGAGGGCUGGGGGGCCGGGAGCUGCACCCCAGAGCAUUCCGAAGCUCAGGACCCCGAGGCCAGGUCUACACCUCCCCGGACACCCCUCGCUCGAGUUCGUGAACGCCACACCUCUCCGGAAAAACACGGAGUGAGUCCAGAGCCCGUUGUGAGGACUCUGGUGUCAGAAUCUCCCAAGUGCCCUGCAACACCAGACCCGCCAAGUGACAGAAGCAAGCUGCACUGUGAGAGUCCCUUCACCCCCAAAGGCCAGCCGAGCCAGCCUGCGCUUUCUUCGACAGGGAAGCUGCCCUCCCGAGGCUCCAAGCAUUUUAGGCUCACACCGGGUUCCUUCACAGAUGAAAUGACCUCCUCAGCGCUGGUUAACAUUAACCCCUUCACUCCCGAGUCCUACAGAAAGCAGUUCCUUCAAUCCAGCGGCAAGAGGAAGACCCGAGGAGAUCUCGAGGAAGCUGAUCCAGGGGAAGGCAAGGUACAACAAGGGCUGCCUGCCAAGAGAUGUGUUCUACGAGAAACCAACAUGACUUCCCGCUAUGAGAAAGAAUUCAUGGAGGUGGAAAAGAUUGGGGUUGGGGAGUUCGGGACCGUCUACAAGUGCAUCAAGAGGCUGGAUGGGUGUGUUUAUGCAAUAAAACGCUCCACGAAAUCUUUUGCAGAAUUAGCAAAUGAGAAUUUGGCUUUACACGAAGUUUACGCUCACGCAGUGCUUGGGCAUCACCCUCAUGUGGUACGUUACUACUCUGCUUGGGUAGAAGAUGAUCACAUGAUCAUUCAGAACGAAUACUGCAAUGGUGGGAGCUUACAGGCUGCUAUAUGUGAAAACAUCAAGUCUGGCAAUCCCUUUGAAGAGCCGCAGCUCAAAGACAUCCUUCUGCAGAUCUCCCUUGGGCUUAAGUACAUCCACAACUCGGACAUGGUGCACCUGGACAUCAAACCGAGUAACAUCUUCAUUUGUCAUCAGAUGCAGAGUGACUCUCCUGUAGUCCAAGAAGAGAUUGAAAAUGAUGCUGAUUGGUUUCUCUCUGCUAAUGUGAUAUAUAAAAUUGGAGACUUGGGUCUUGCAACAUCAAUAAACACACCCAAAGUGGAAGAGGGAGAUAUUCACUUCCUGGCUAAAGAGAUCUUGCAAGAGGAUUAUCAGCAUCUCCCCAAAGGAGACAUAUUUGCCUUGGGAUUAACAAUUGCAGUGGCUGCGGGAGCAGAGUCAUUACCCAGCAAUGGUGACAUGUGGCAUCAUAUCCGCAAGGGUAACCUUCCACACAUCCCUCAGGAGCUCUCGGAAGAAUUUUACAAUCUACUCAAGAACAUGAUCCACCCUGAUCCCAGGAAGAGACCCUCUGCAGCAGCUCUGGCCAGAAGUCGAGUCCUCCGUCCGUCCCUGGGGAGAACAGAAGAGCUCCAGCGGCAGCUGAACUUGGAAAGGAUGAAGACAGCCACACUAGAAAGGGAACUGAGAGAGGCCCAGCAGGCCCAGUACCCCCGGGAAGGCCAUAGUGACCCUGAGGUCUCGGGGACCCCCGCAGGAUCAAGAAGCACCAAACGCCCAGUGGGAGGAAAGAGCGCAAAGUCUUUAAGCUUCCCCUGUGGGAAGUCUUCCCCAUAG